CAUGGGGAACAAGCAGACCAUCGUCACGGAGGAGCAGCUGGACAACUACCAGGACUGCACCUUCUUCAGUAAGAAAGACGUCCUCAAGCUGCACGCGCGGUUCUACGAGCUGGCCCCCAACCUGGCCCCCAUGGACUGCAGGAAGAGCCCCAUCGUCCAGAUGCCAGAGCUCCGGGAGAACCCAUUCAAGGAGCGGAUCACGGAGUCUUUCUCGGAGGACGGUGAGGGCAACCUCACCUUCGACGACUUCGUUGACAUGUUGUCUGUGCUCUGCGAGUCGGCGCCCCGCAACCUCAAGGCCAACUACGCCUUCAAGAUCUACGACUUCAACACGGACAACUUCAUCUGCAAGGAGGGCCUGGAGAUGACACUGGCCCUGCUGACCAAGUCGGAGCUGGAGGACGAGAUGGUGCUGGUGUGCGACAAGGUCAUCGAGGAGGCCGACCUGGACGGAGACGGCAAGCUGGGCUACUCCGACUUCGAGGACAUGAUCGCCAAGGCACCCAAGUUCCUCAGCACCUUCCAAGUCCGGAUCUGA